AUGUGGUUCUUCUCCCGGGACCCGAUCCGGGACUUCCCCUUCGAGGUCGUCUCGCCUCCGGAGGCGCCGCCGCUGCCCUUGCCGGGGGGAUCCUGGCUGCUGCACCGCGGCAGGAGGAAGGUCUGUCCGCUCGCCUUUCUCUGUGCGCACGCGCGGGGAGGAGGGGGCGCAGGCUGAAGUCCAACCGGGAGAGAGAGACAGAUGGGAAAGGGUUUUCUCCCCUCCCCACUUCAUUGGAGUUGCCGAACCCAUUGUCCCGGGCAGAGACUCAUCUGGAUUGAGGGUGGGGGUGGCAAGUCUUCCCCAGUUCUCCAGUGCAUGCAGGGUGGGAGAUGCAAUGUUGGGGUGCCCUUAAAAAGACGGAAGGCCGCAUCUGUGCUGCUGAAAUGGAGGAAGGAGCUGGGAGAAGCACCCUUCUCCCACUUUUUGUGAACGGGAAAAGUGAUCUCUUCAGCCCCACGCGGAGGUCUUCUGUGGGGAGGGCCACAGUGCAUAGGAGGCCAAGAAUUUCACUUAGUAACUCCAAGCCAGUCUCUGUCUCUUUACUUCAGCUCAACCUACCUCACAGGGUUGUUGUCAAGCUAAGAUAUAGCAGCACCCUAAGGACGCGGGUGGCGCUGUGAGUUAAACCACAGAGCCUAGGACUUGCCGAUCGAAUCCCCAUGACGGGGUGAGUUCCCGUUGCUCGGUCCCAGCUCCUGCCAACCUAGCAGUUCGAAAGCAUGUCAAAGUGCAAGUAGAUAAAUAGGUACCACUCCGGCGGGAAGGUAAACGGUGUUUCCAUGUACUGAAGCGGCUUAGUCAUGCUGGCCACACGACCUGGAAGCUGUACGCCAGCUCCCUUGGCCAAUAAAGCGAGAUGAGCGCCGCAACCCCAGAGUCGGUCACGAUGGACGUAAUGGUCAGGGGUCCCUUUACCUUUAAGGUGCUAUGGCACGCAGAAGGGUCAUAGGUUCAGCCUCCAGUUAGGAAUGUCAGGGAGCUGCUGAUGGGGAAGACUGGGCUAGAUGUUUUGACCCAGUCCAAGGCAGUCUGCGCCCUCCCCGCAUUCAGGGAAUUGUUCUCCUCCUCCGCCAACUUGGGAGCUGCUCCACCCCAGAGGGAGCUGCCGUCACCAUUGCUGGUCCGAUCCUGCUGCCCCAGGUCCAGUCUUAGAGUGUGAGGUGUCUGCCUCAGGCAAGUGACUUUGGGUGUUGUGAAAUGGCUAUUUAAUUUGUGUUUUUUCUACUGAAGAACGCGGGGCAAGUUCCUGUAUCGCAAUAUUUACUGUAUUUAGCUAUGAUUAGCAUGGACCCAUUGACCGUUUGGGUCUCUUCCAACUCUGAAAUUCUGCGGUUCUGCUCUCAGGAGGCCACUUUGGGGGCUUAGUGCCUUGGGUGCUUACAAUCUUAGGGUCAAGCUUUGGUACUUUGCACCCUGGCUUUGAAGCCUGGGAGGUGGUGGGAACCCCUGUUCCACUUCAAAAAGCAAAAGGUCUCCUUGCUCCUCAGCAGCUGCAAAGAGAGCUCAACGUCCUUUUCUUUCUUUCUUUCCGACAGGCCACGGGGGAACCAGUGUCUCUGUUUGUGUACGAUGUGAAACCCGGCAACGAAGAACAGACUCAGAUCGCCAAGGCGGCCUUCAAACACCUCAAAACCCUACGGCACCCCAAUAUCCUGUCCUACAUUGACGGGUUAGAGGUAGUAUAUUGAGGGGAGUUGCUAAAGGGUUUUUUUUGUUUGUGGAGUGCAAGGCAGGCCUAAGACAUUUUGGCACCUGAGGUGAGGCCCAAAACGGCAUCCCGUCAGCCAGGGAAGGAGUGACUGAUCAGGGAAGGUCUCCAUCAGGAACAAGGGGGGAACGAACAUGUGGGGAACAAGGCUGGGAGCAGACCAGCAGCACCUCCUAUUCUCCAAGAGGCUGCUGUCAAGGUUACGUGGGGUAGGCCUGCUGAGGAGGCGGCAGACCCGACCUCCAAGGUUUCAGGUCCUCCAGAACUCUUCAUCGGGCUGGUUCGGGGUUUGGGAGCCUGUGAGAGCCCUGCAGAUGACACUGGGCCCUCAAUUCAAACCUUCCCAGCUUUCUUGCCGGGGCUGAUGGGAGUCGUAGUCCAUCAGUUUGUGGAGGAGGUGGGAAACUGAGGUUGGAGCUACAGAGUUUGCAUUUAGCUGCCCUAGUUAAGAUGGAAUGUGGCCGAGGAGGUAGGAAUGUGCUGUGGAGGUUUCGGGCAAUAGAAUAGAAUAGAAUAGAAUAGAAUAGAAUAGAAUAGAAUCAAAGAAGAUUGGAUACAAAACCUCAUGUGCUAUGCAGAAAUGGCAAAACUUACCGGGGAAAGUAAGACAGCAAGAGAACAAACUUUUUAUUUAUUUAUAAAAGAAUGGAAAUGGUUGCUACCGUGGAGGGGCGAGGGAGGUAUGGCGGUGGGGGCAGAUGUUAUAGGCGAAGGGGAUCGAGAUAUGGAUAUGCUCGUACCCCUUCCAAUCUGCGCCUCAUCCCGAGGGACGAGGGUACGGUGAGCAAGGAUUACUCACCUCCGUCACUGGUGCUGUGCAAUGCCAGGUCUAUAGGCAACAAAACCACCACCCUGUGAGAUUUCUUUAUCUCGCAGGGGGUCGACCUGGCUUGUGUGACGGAGACCUGGGUGCGUGAAGGGGCAACAGUUACCUUACGAGAGAUGGCACCCCCGGGUUUCUCUGUCCUCCACCAGUCGUGGACUGUGGGAUGGGCGGGAGGGGUGGCAUUAUUAAUCCGGGAAGAUUGUCCUUUCAGGGCUCUACCAUCGCCAUCGAUCCCCGGCAUUGAAUGUGUUGGCCUAGUGUGGGGCUCCGAGGAGAGCUUGGCUGUCUGGCUGGUGUACCGGCCACCUAGCGCACCAGCAGCCACCCUGUCAGGUCUAUUGGAGGCGGUGGCCGACUGGGCCUUGGAGUUCCCUAACCUAUUGGUAUUGGGGGACUUCAACAUCCAUGCUGAUGCCACUCCCUCCUCACAGGCUCUGGACCUGGUGUCUUCCAUGGCAACACUAGGGCUCUCCCAGUUUGUUUCGGGCCCCACACAUCAAGCAGGCCCCACGCUGGAUUUGAUCUUUGGCGUAGGUAUAGAUGUGAUCAUGUCUCCUUCGAUGAAGGUGCCGUGCCAUGGUCUGAUCACUACGCUCUGAAAGCCAGGAUUGACUUUCCACCCCCACCCUGCUUAGGUGGCAAGCCGAUUUGGGCUCGCCUGCAGAGGCUGAUGGACCCUGAUAGAUUCCGCCAAGCCUUGCAGGACCUUGCUCCCCCUGGCGACUCAUUGACUGAGCUUGUUGAGGGCUGGAAUAUCCAGCUCCUGACGGCUAGAGCGAGUAUGGCGGGGUGCCCGUGACGGAGCCUCAAGAACAUCUUAUAGGGCUUUUAUGAAAACCUACGAGAUGGCGGUGAAGGCUGCUAAGAAGUCUUACUUCUCGGCCUCCAUUGCAUCCGCUAGCUCUCGCCCGGUGCAAUUAUUUAGUAUAAUCAGGUCUUUAACGUCCCUUGAGGGACAGCCAAAUUUAAAUAACAAUUUGACACACAGCUGUGAGGCAUUUGCGAGCUUUUUUGCGGAGAAGGUCUUGUUGCUCCACCAUGACCUCCCUGCCAAUUUGGAUACAAUAAAGGAACUGGAGGCCCCUCAACUGUCCUCGGGUCCAGUAUUGGACCACUUCAACCGGAUAUCCCCAGCCUAUGUGGACAGACUCCUCCGAGCUGGAAAGCCCACCACCUGUCCUCUCGACCCGUGCCCGUCUUGGCUGAUUAGAGCGUGUCCAGACGAGGUGCGGGCCCUCCUGGGGGAUAUCAUCAAUUUGUCCCUUGGCACGGGGACAUUCCCAGGGGAACUGAAGGAGGCAGUGGUGCACCCUCUCUUAAAGAAAACAUCAUUAGAUCCUUUAGAUCUAUCUAAUUACCGCCCGGUUUCGAAUCUUCCGUUCCUGGGUAAGGUGAGAGAGCGGUUGCUGAACAGCUUGGUGGGUUUCUGGAUGAAACAUCGGCUCUGGAUCCAUUCCAGUCCGGCUUCCGCGCUGGUCAUGGGACCGAGACGGCUCUGGUCGCCCUAACAGAUGAUUUUCGUAGACAGCUGGAUCGAGGUGGGUCGGGGCUGCUGAUUCUUCUAGAUCUGUCAGCAGCUUUCGACAUGGUCGAUCACGAACUUCUGGACCACCGCCUUGCCGAUGUGGGGAUCCAGGGCACAGUCCUUCAAUGGCUGUGCUCGUUUCUCUCUGGUCGGGGACAGAGGGUGGCGCUUGGGGGGGAAUUGUCAUUGCGCCACUCCUUGGUGUGUGGAGUGCCUCAGGGUGUGAUACUCUCCCCGAUGCUUUUCAACAUCUUUAUGCGCCCCCUUGCCCAGCUUGUCCGGAGUUUUGGGCUGGGUUGCCAUCAGUAUGCUGAUGACACCCAACUCUAUCUGUUGAUGGAUGGCCAUCCUGACUCGGCCCCAGACACACUGACCAGAUGUUUGGAAGCUGUGGCUGGAUGGUUACGUGGGAGCCGGUUGAAGCUAAAUCCUUUGAAGACAGAGGUCCUAUGGCUGGGACGGGACGAUAUGGGAUUGGGGGGGCAACUCCCAUCUCUUGCGGGGGCGCAAUUAGUGCCAGCACCGUCGGUUAAGAGUUUGGGUGUAAUCUUCGACACCUCCCUUUCCAUGGAGGCGCAGAUUGCAGCUACAACAAAGGCGGCAUUUUUCCAUCUCCGCCAAGCUAAGCAGUUGGCUCCUUACCUCUCUCGCCCUGACCUAGCCACUGUGAUCCACGUGACGGUCACCUCCAGACUGGAUUAUUGUAACUCGCUCUACGUGGGGCUGCCCUUGAGACUGACCCAGAAACUCCAGUAGGUGCAGAAUGCUGCAGCGAGACUCCUUACGGGGUCUUCGCUGCGAGAUCACAUUCACCCGGUGCUAUACCAGCUGCACUGGCUCCCGGUGGAGUACAGGAUCAGGUUUAAGGUGCUGGUUUUAAUCUUUAAAGCCCUAUACGGCCUAGGACCCUCGUACCUACGGGACCGCCUCUCCUGGUAUGCCCCACAGAGAAACGUACGGUCUUCAAAUAAAAACAUCUUGAAGGUCCCAGGCCACAGAGAAGUUAGGCUGGCCUCAACUAGAGCCAGGGCUUUUGCGGCCGUGGCUCCGAUCUGGUGGAACACUCUGUCACAAGAGACCAGGGCCCUGCGGGACUUGACAUCUUUCCGCAGGGCCUGCAAGACAGAACUGUUCCACCAGGCCUUUGGCCAGGGCACAGCCUGACUCCCUCCCUCGGCAAUCUUCGCGGAGCUCUGGCCCAAUGGUUGCCAGUGGCUUGAAUUAAUUUAUAAUGAAUUAUUUUAGAGUGUUGUUUGUGCUGUACUUUUGUACUGUUUUAUUGUUGUUAGCCGCCCUGAGCCCGGCUUCAGCUGGGGAGGGCGGGAUAUAAAUAAAAUUUAUUAUUAUUAUUAUUAUUAUUAUUAUUGAAUAUGUACAAAUACAUUGUAAACAGAUAAGGACAUUGGCAGGAUUAUUGUAACAGCCUGCAGUUUCAUUAGAGUAAAUAGUUAAAGUAGAUGGAUAAAAGAAUAAGUUAAGUUAAUUUAGAAUAGGCAGGAAAUGAUAAAUAGAAAUGUAAGGAACCACAGAAAGAGAAGUAAGUAAGUUUUGAAAUGUUAAAAUGACUGUAAAACUCUUGAAAUGUUUUUAACUGAAAAUCACAAAUAAAAUAAAAAUUGUAAUAUAACAAUAACAGCAACAACAAUAAUUUUAUUAUUUAUAGCCCGCUCAUCUUACCCAGAUCUGUCUGCAUCUUUAUGCAAAACACACAGAGGCUCCUUUGUAGGUAUAAAAAGCAGAAAUAAAGGAAGCCCAGGCUGUUUGUAGAUUUCUUUUAAAAGCUGGAGAAAGAAUUAGGAGAUGCCCUAUGGGGGGAAAACACAUAUUGACUCCAGCCACUGGGUUUCUUUCCCUCUUAGAUGGUGGAACCUCAGAAGGUGGCGGACUCUCCUUCAUUGGAGGUUGUGUGGCCACCUUGCCUGGGAUUCUUUAGCUGGGAUUCCUGCGUUUCAGGGCAUUGGACUAGAUGAACCUUGGGGGUUCCCUUCCAACUCUACAGUGCUGUGAUUCUGUGACUCAGUUCUGGCAAAAGAAAGUGAGGGUCCUAGUGAGGAGCGUGAAAGGGAGGGGGCUGUGGCUCUGUGGUCCCGUCUGAGAAGCUGCUGCUUGUGGAUUGUAUUGAGCUGGAGCAACCAGAGUCGGAUGUGCAAUGAGGCAGCUUUCUGGGUUCUUAAGGUAGACGUUACUCCUAACAUGGUGACGUGUCUUUGUUUUGGCAGACGGAAAAAUGCUUGCAUGUGGUGACGGAGCCAGUGAUGCCGCUUCCGGCCUACCUGGAGUCCAGAGGCGAAGGGCGAGAGCUGAGCGAGCUGGAGAUCUCGUGGGGCCUCCAUCAGAUUGUGGUGAGAUGUGUGGGGUGUCUUGGGAGAGGACUGCUUGCUGCCCCUGGGCCCAGGACCCUGCAGAUGGGAAAAACACCUGCUGCUUUGAGUGGAGCGGGACUGUGGCCCUCCCCAUGUUGCUGGACUACAACUCCCAUGCCCCUUACCAUCACCCAUGCAGACUGGGGUUGAUGGGAGGGGUAGUCCAAAAACAUCUGGAAUUCACUUCCUCCAGAAGCUGUGAUGGCCACUCUAGGCCAUGUGGGCAUCCCAUGAAACUGGAUGUUGGAGGAUUUGGGAUGGAUAAGAGAAAGUCCUUCUUCCCACAGCACUAUGGAACUCACUUCCACAGGAGGCAGGAAUGGCCACCGGCUUGAGUGGCUUGAAAAGGAAGAUUGGACAAAAUCAUGGAGGGGAUGACUAUCAAUGGCUGUGAGCCAUGAGGGCUGUGUCCUCCACGAUCAGAGGCAGCAGCGCUUCUAAAUACCAAUUGCGGAAAAUCGCAGGAGGGGAGAGAGCUCUUGUGGUCGAAUCCUGCCUGCAGGUUCUCCACAGGCACUCUGAGAACAGGAUGCUGGCCUCUUGGCCUGAUCCGUCAGGCUCUCCUUACGUUCUCAUGGAGGCCACCGGAUUGGUGGUUCUCAUGGAGGCCACCGGAUUGGUGAAGGCUGAUGCUUUUGAAGAGUAUAAUAAAACAAACGAGGCUUUGUGGGAGAGUUGAUGGGGAGCAGGGUGGAGAUCUCUGUCCUGCUAACCACCUGCUUCCUUCUUGGGGCCGAUGGCCUUCCUAGAAAGCCCUCAGCUUCUUGGUCAACGACUGCCACCUCAUCCACAACCACGUCUGCCCGGCGGCCAUCUUUGUGGACCGUGCUGGCGAGUGGAAGCUGGGCGGUUUGGACUACAUGUGCUCAGCUCAGGGGGAUGCUGCCGUGCCGAGGAAAGGGGUCCCAGAGCUGGAGAAGUACGACCCUCCUGAGUUAGCAGACAGCAGCAAGAGCGUUGGAGAAAAAUGGUGAGCUUGCUUGGCUUCCCCCUGCAUCCUUUCUUUUAAAAAGCAGCCAACCCCCUUCUAGUUUGGUCCAGCCUCUAAAAUGCAAGCAGUGAGGUUUCCGUUCACCUCUGCCGGUAAGGUGUGGUGGUUAGAAAGUUGGACUGGGGAGAUCCAGGUUCGAAUCCCACUGCUCAGCCCUGAAUCUCUCCGGGUGACCUUGUAGCACUCGCUGUCUCUUGGCCUGAUCUCCCUGGCAGGCUUGUUGUGAGAAUAAAAUGAGGGAAGAAAGGAAGCGCCUUGUUAAAUUUGCUUGUUAAAUUUAUCAGUCCCCUCAUGCCAUGAGCCUCUGGGUGACCCCUAGAAGCUUGAGCGGGAUAUGCAUGAAAUAAAAAAAUGAAAACAAGGGGUGUUCUCCAGAUCCCUGCCUCUUAAGAAGACAGCUUUCAGUCAGGGCUGUGGCUCAGUCAAGACCUUAACUGUGCAAACCUAAAGUUUUGGUAUGUGCUUGAGUUCCCUCCCGCAAAAUAUGGACUGCCUGUAAGCCCCUGGAGCCAAAACACCCUGCAAGUUUUGAGCAAGCAAAUCAAGAUGGAAGCUGAAUAAAUAUUAUUUUAUUGGAUUUCUAUUCCAAAUUUUUCUCCAAGGAGCUCUGGGUGGCGUAUUUGGUUCUCCUGCUCCUCCUCUAAUCCCCACGACAACCCUGUGAGGUUGUGACUGGCCCAAAGUCACACUCAGUGAGCUUUUAGUACAAAGUGGGGGAUUUGAACCCAGGUCUCUUCCAGGUCCUAGCCAGAUACUCUAACCACUCUGGCUCUCAGGUUCCUCAGGACUCUCCUGAGCUUGCCAUAGCAUAUCAAGGCAGCUGCCUCACUGGAAUCAGGGCAAGUUAGGAAUAUUUGUUUCUCCUUAAGACUGUCAAUAAGUUAUGGGCAUCAGUCAAGACUUUAAAAAAAUACAGAAUUUCUGUUUUCAGAUGGCAAAGUGGGGUGGGCUACUUGGAAAGGGAUUAGCAGUGGCCAAAAUAAGGCAGAGGUGCAUGGGUGCUCGUGUACCUAUAUGUCAGUCAGAGCUGUGGGGGUUUUUUUUGGGGGGGGGAGGCUUUAAUCAAACACGCUUAACCACCCCUUUCUGUGUUGUGACAGGUCAGCCGACAUGUGGCGCCUUGGCUGCCUCAUCUGGGAGGUCUUCAAUGGCCCCCUGCCUCGGCCAUCUUCCCUCCGGUCUCUUGGCAAGGUGUGUGUACCUCUCUGUCCUGGAAGAAACAGCAGCCUUGUAGGUUAGCAGGGUGGAGUCACGUGCCACUGGAGGGCUGCUGGAGCUGGUGGAACAAUCUCCGGCUCCUGAAGACCUUAGGCUUUAGAGGAGCAAUGGGGGACCCGUGUUGCUAGAAAAAAACCACCAAUCAUUAAAAAGCAAUUAAGCAAUUAAGCAUUGAUAAAAUUAAAUCUAUAUCUAUCUAUCAUCUAUCUAUCUAUCUAUCUAUCUAUCUAUCUAUCUAUCUAUCUCUGUCAUCUAUCUAUCUAUCAUCUAUCUAUCUGUCUGUCUGUCUGUCUAGCUAAACUAUCAUCUAUAUAUCUAUAUCUAUCUAUCAUCUACCUAUCUAUCUAUCUAUCUAUCUAUCUAUCUAUUUAUCUAUUUAUCUAUCAUCUAUCUAAUCUCAUCUAUAUCUAUCUAUCUAUCUAUCUGUAUCUAUCUAUAUCUAUCUAUCUAUAUCUAUCUAUCUAUCUAUCUAUCUAUCUAUCUAUCUAUCUAUCUAUCUAUCUAUAUCUACUGUAUCUAUCUAUCUAUAUCUAUCUAUCAAUCAUCUAUCUAUCUAGCUAUCUAUCUAUCUAUCUAUCUAUCUAUCUAUCUAUCUAUCAUCUAUCUAUCUAUCUAUCUAUCUAUCUCAGAUAAUUGCAAUAAAAACAUCACAACACCAGCCCUUUCCUUUAAAAUCAGCCAGCCUGUUAGGACAAGAAUUCUAACGGGGCAACAAUUAGGGAGCCAGUCUGGCUUCACUAGCAAGGGAGUUCCUAAGGCUGUGAGCGGCCACAUUUGUCAGGCCUUAUCUUCCUAACUGGCUGUAGAGCCAUAGUAGGAAGGUUGCAAGGGGGGAGUGUGCAGAAGGCCUGGACUGCCCCCCUCUCUCCCAACUCCUGCGUCUCUUGCCUUUCAAGGAGGUCAUGACUCUUCUCCCUCGCUGCCUCUCCCCCCUUGUCUUCCAGAUCCCCAAGUCUUUGGUCCCCCAUUAUUGUGAGCUGGUGGGUGCCAACCCCAAGCUGCGGCCCAACCCGGCCAAGUUCCUGCAGAACUGCCAGGGGCCGGGGGGCUUCAUGGACAACAGCUUUGUGGAGACCAACCUCUUCCUGGAGGAGAUCCAGGUGAGUGGGAGGGCGAAUCCUGGCUUUUUGCCCUGCAGGGGCAAAGUGCGGGUGUCCUUUGAUCUUCUGUUACGACUGAGCCACAGCUCAGUGGUGGAGCGCAGUUAGAAACAGGAAUCCAAGGACAGCAGCUUGCAAAGCCUUGACCUGGCCUGCGUAACUGCUGCCAGUCAGCGCUGCCAAAAGAGCUGAGCUGGCCUCCUGUUUCCAGAGGGGGAGCAACAGCCCCAUUAGUCUCAUGCAAACAAGGGGACGCCCAGGCCUCAGCCAGGUCGUGGCUGUGAGCCGGUGACUUCUUUUAUCCUCUCCCCAGAUUAAGGAGCCCGCGGAGCGGCAGAAGUUCUUCCAGGAGCUCAGUGCGAACCUGGACUCCUUCCCUGAGGAUUUCUGCCGCCACAAGGUCCUCCCGCAACUGCUGACGGCGUUUGAGUUUGGCAGCGCUGGGGCUGUCAUCCUCAUUCCACUCUUCAAGGUGAGCGGCCCCCUGGACCGGGGACAGGCGCACUCUGUGUGAGCCCAGAGGAAGCCUCCCCUUUGCCCCACCAGGGUGCUCUGUCUUAACACAGACUCCCUCAGUGAAACAGGGAAUAGCUGUAGCAUCCGAGGAGGCAAGGAAGGGAGAAGGGAGUGUGGCUCAGUAGCAGAGCACCUGCUAGGCCUCUGCUCACCUGAGUUUCAGACUACAACUCCCAUCACUCCCAGUUUAAUGUUGUAGCAGGUAAUUAUAACAAAUAUGAAUUAUAACACUCAUAAUAAUAACAGGGCUAUAAAUUGCAUUUUCAUAAUUAACAGCCACAUCAGGUCUGCCUUUUGAGCACCAGGGGUGCUAAUUGCUGUAACACAAACCCACAAGUAAGUCCCAUUGAGUUUGGUGGGGCUUAUUCUGGAAUGAGUAUGGAAUUGCAUUUUUAGCUGACUGAUCAUAGAAUCCUAGAUUUAUGGGGUUGGAAGGGGCCACCAAAGGGCAUCUAGUCCAACCCCAACUGAUCUACCAGUUAGAACUGAGGCACAGAACAAUACAUGUUUGUUUUAGGUGUCCACGUUACCUAAUAGUAUAUGGAUUUUUGUUUUUUUUGUUUUGUCACUGCAGGUGGGGAAAUUCUUGAACGCCCAGGAAUACCAGCAAAAAAUCAUUCCCGUCAUUGUGAAGAUGUUCUCCUCUCCAGACCGGGCAAUGAGGAUCCGGCUGUUGCAACAGGUACAAGGGGUGGGGGGUGCACAACAGACUGCCGUGGGGGUGGGGGGAGGUGUUGCACCCAGCUUAGGAGGGGUGUUAAUCCCAUUAGAAAAAAGCAUAUGAGCUUGCCAUCACCCAGACUCCUGAGCUCAGAGUGUAACGAUGCACUCCUAGCCAGGUCUACCUGAAUGAAAGUCCUGCUGAGUUCAGUGGGAUGUUUUCCCAGGUAAGUGUGUAUAACAGUGGUUCCCAGUUAGGGGUCUGGGGACCCCUGAGGGUCCUCAGAACUCACUCGGGGGCUUUGCAGCCCCAUCCCUCGCCUCUCCCCCAACUAAUUUUUUGUCAUUUUUGAAUGGUAAUUUAUGGUCUGUUGCUUUUUAGUAUAACUAAAACCCUUUGCUUAUUAGAGGCUACCGCACAUUUUGUUCAAAAUAUUGCUUUGCAGAGGUAACUACCAUAGUAUCAAAAAUUUCAAAAGUAGGGGGUCCAUGGCUUGGCUUUUGAAAAAUAAUGGAUCCUCAGUAAUUAGCUAAUUGGGAACUCCUGGUGUAUAGCAUUGCAGGCUAAGACAGCAUUCACCAUCCUGGCGUCCUCCAGAUGUGGUUGGACUACAACUCCCAUCAUCCUCAGCCAGCACACUGAUGGGAGUUGUAGUCCAGCAACAUCUGGAGGGGGACCAGGAUAGUGCAGGAUGGCUGAAUCAUGGAGUAGAGGGUUGGAUUAGACUAGUCUUCCUCAAUCUCCCACCGGAAUGUUGACCAAUGCAUUACAUAAUAUUUAUUUAGGGCAUUUUUAUACCCUGCUCUUCAGCCAAAAAGGCUCCUACAGCAGCUCACAAACAAUCGAAACAAGACAGUCCCUACCCACAGGCUUACAAUCUUUAAAAACUACGACAUGGAGAGCAGAGGAAAAUCAGAAUCAAAACUCAGGCACCAAUUUCUGAAUGGUUGUUCCCAUAAUGACCAGUUGGCCCAUUUCAGGGGCAGGAGAUGGUUCCCAGCAAAGCUGAUGAAGUGAGGCUUCUUCCCACCUCUCCCACUGAGGCUGUCUAGUGGAAUGGUUUCCUCCGGUGACAGGGGAGGGGAGUAGAGGCCUAAUGGGGCUGGCCUGUCACAGCAGAGCCGAUGGAGGGCACUCUACUUCCCAGCUCUCAGUAUGAUAAAAUGCCCCAUGUUAGCCAGAAACAUCAUAACCAGACACUGGAGAGACCUGUCAGGAGUAAGCAUGGACCAACGGUACCAAAUAGUAUGGGAAACAGCCUUACUAGAAAAAUUAACCAAUAAACUGAAACUGACACAGGGACAAAUAGAAGAAGACACCUUCACCCCAGUAUGGCUCCCCUUUAUCACAUACACAGCCCAGCAAGACAAUGACAAAAAUCCACCAACAACAUACAAAUCAAUAUAGCUAACCUGAUCCAAAACACCCCCCCUCACACAUUGCCACCUGACCCCACCAGAAACAUCGCCACCCGACCCCACCCCCACUCACCUUUCCCCCCUCCACCUCUUUCCCCAUUUUCUUCCUAAUGUCUCAACAAAUGAAACUGAUCUGUAAAAAAUGUUACUUGAAUAAAAAAAGAGAGAGAGAUUGCACAUACUUUUGUAAACCAAGAAAAUCUUUAAUUAACCCCCCCCCAAAUGCCCCAUGUUAGGAUCCCUUUCCCCCUUCCUUAUGAGUUCCGAGUCCUGGAUCUGAAUCUUCAGCAGGGACGACCUGGGUUUGAAAGCAUGUGAGGAAGGGCAUUGUGGGUGGUGGUCUGGGUCCUGAGAAGCAGGCCUCUUUCACCCAGCAAGUCCUUUGCUGACUGUGCUUCCCCCCACUCUCUCUGCAUGUGCCCCUCUAAUCUGCCAGAUGGAGCACUUCAUCCAGUACCUGAACGAGCCCACGGUCAACACCCAGAUCUUCCCCCACGUGGUCCACGGCUUCCUGGACACCAACCCGGCCAUUCGUGAGCAGACAGUGAAGGUGAGGGGCCGUGGGAUGUUGAGAGCCAGGAUGCGAGAGGCUCUUUAGUUUAACCCGCUUCCGCAGGAGGCGAUGAUGGCCCCUGACUUAGAGGGCUUUAAAAGAGGAUCAGACGUACCUCUCUUGGAAGAGAGAGCCAUUGAUGGCUACGAGCCAGGACAUGGCUGACCCUUGACCUCUCCCUUUCCUCUCUCCCCGCUGGCAGUCUAUGCUGCUGCUGGCUCCCAAGCUGAACGAGAACAACCUCAACGUGGAGCUCAUGAAGCACUUUGCCCGCCUACAGGCCCGGGACGAACAGGGCCCCAUCCGUUGCAACACCACCGUGUGCCUCGGCAAGAUCGGGCCCUACCUCAGCGCAAGCGUGAGUGGAGAUGCCUCGUGGGUGUGGGAGGGCUUUCUGGAGCAGCAGGCGUGGGGAGAGAUGCCUCUUUCAUUACAGUGGUACCUCAGGUUAAGUACGUAAUUCGUUCCAGAGGUCCGUUCUUAACCUGAAACUGUGCUUAACCUGAAGCACCACUUUAGCUAAUGGGGCCUCCUGCCGCUGCCGCGCCGCCAGAGCCCGAUUUCUGUUCUUAUCCUGAAGCAAAGUUCUUAACCUGAAGCACUAUUUCUGGGUUAGCGGAGUGUGUAACCUGAAGCACUAUUUCUGGGUUAGCGGAGUGUGUAACCUAAAGUGUAUGUAACCUGAAGCGUAUGUAACCUGAGGUACCACUGUAUUCAUUUAUUGCAUUUAUAGCCCACCUUUCCUCCCAAGGUGGAGCACUUGGUUCCCCACCAUUUAUCAUAUUUUUUGCUCUAUAAUAUACAUUUUUCCCCUCCUAAAAAGUAAGGGGAAAUCUGUGUGCAUCUUAUGGAGCGAAUGCUGGCUGCGCAGCUAUCCCAGAAGCCAGAACAGCAAGAGGGAUUGUUGCUUUCGCUGCACAGUGAUCCCUCUUGCUCUUCUGGCUUCUGGGAUAGCCACACAAAACCUCCUCAGGGCAGCGGGAGGAAUGUUCCUCCUGCCCUGAAGAGGCUUUGCGCGGCUAAUCUAGAAGCCAGAACAACAAGAGGGAUCGCUGCGCAGCGAAAGCAGCGAUCCCUCUUGCUGUUCUGGCUUCUGGGAUUCAGAAUAUUUUUUUUCUUGUUUUCCUCCUCCAAAAACUAGGUGCGUCUUAUGGUCUGGUGCGUCUUAUAGAGCGAAAAAUACGGUAAUCCCCCAAACGACAACCCUGCAAGGUAGGUUAGGCUGGGAGGCAGGGACUGGCCCAACGUCACUCAGUAAGCCUCAUGGCCGAGUUGGGAUUUGAACCAUGGUCUCCCAGGUCCCAGUUCUCAUUUAAUCCCCCCAAACAAUCACCCUGUGAGGUAGGUUAGGCUGGGAGGCAGUGACUGGCCCCAAAGGUCACCCAGUGAGCUUCAUGGCCAAGUGGGGAUUUGAACCCUGGUGUCUUCCAGGGGAGAUGGAAGAAGAUGGACGGGUUGUGCUGUGUUGUGAUUCCUGCGUUGCAGAGGGUUGGACUAGAUGACCCCUGUGGUCCCUUCCGACUACAGUUCUGUGAUUCUAUGACCCUUUUAAUUGCAGACAAGGCAGAGCGUCCUGAUCUCAGCCUUCAGCCGGGCCACCAAGGACCCCUUUGCCCCCUCUCGCGCUGCUGGGGUCCUGGGCUUUGCAGCCACCCACAACUUCUACUCUAUGAAAGACUGUGCCUUCAAAAUCUUGCCCGUCCUCUGUACGCUGACGGUGGACCCAGAGAAGACCGUCCGGGACCAGGUGAGCUGCGGGACCAGGGAGGAGGGGUGCUGAGUGAAACCCCUUUUGGGGGAGGCACUGGGUAUCCUUGGGCCUCCCUUUGAGGUCCACAGUCUUUUCUGUAGCCCUAAAAAACCACCCCACUUAUUUUGCUUUCCCAGAUGUCUCUGCCCACCACCACAAUUUGCCACCAAACUAUGACUUUCCAUGCACAACUCUCCCCCCUCCUCCCAGCAGCUCCAGAAUUUGUCCACCAGCGACUUUGCAUUGCAGGAGGUUGGGCUAGAUGGGAAUUCUGUAUGAUUUUUGCUUGCCUGGUUCAAGACUCCUGCCUGCAAUUCAGGGAUAUGUUUUAUUUUAUAGCGAUGCAGAUUUGCAUAUACUUUAUAUUGUGCUUAAUAAUAAUAUUUUGUGCAUUAUGGUUAAAAUGCUAUUUUAAUCUGACAGUAGAAUUACUCAGUUGCUUAUAUUAUGAAUUUAUGAAUGGGCUUCAUGGAGGAGAAGUCUGCCAGUAGCUACCAGCUAUGAAGGCUUUUCUCUACUGCAAGAACAAGCUGCUUGGAGUAGGUGGCCCAUUGGCCUGAUCCUGCAAGCUUUCCUUAUGGGGCUCAGGUCCUCUUGGCUGGUUUUCCAUGGGCACCUGGUCGGCCACUGUGAGAAAAGGGGCGGAUCUAUACUCAUGGUUCGUAACGUGAAGGAAGGGUUAAGGAAUGAUUUUCGUAACGUGAUGGACACAUUCUGUUGUUCUUGUACAGUGGAACCUUGGUUCUCGAACUUAAUCCGUUCCAGAAGUCCGUUCGACUCCCAAAACGGUUCGAAAACCAAGGUGUGGCUUCCAGUUGGCUGCAGGAGCUUCCUGCACUCAAGCGGAAGCCGCGUCGGACGUUCGGUUUCUGAAAAAUGUUUGCAAACCGGAACACUUACUUCCGGGUUUGUGGCGUUCGGGAGCCGAUUUGUUCAUCAACUAAGCCGUUGGAGAACCAAGGUACCACUGUAAUGUUAAUAAUGCAUUAUUAAAAUGGGGCACCAGAGGGCGCUGCAAAGCAACCAGGAACCAGCAAUAGGGAAACUGCUUUGUAAAGAUAAGGAAUGUUUUUAAUUUGCCAGUAUGCCCUGUGAUGUUUUAGAACAAUUUAUCUAAUACCGUUCUUAUAAUGUUAUAGCCUGGCCUCAUCCGGCAGGCUCCACUGUCCUUAUGCUGUUAGCAUUUGCUGUGUGUUGCACGGUGCACUUGAGCCUGACGUCUUCGCAUCCAGGUGAGUGUUUUACAGGUGACCCCUUUCUCUCUCUCAGGCCUUCAAGGCGAUGCGGAGCUUCAUCACCAAACUGGAAACCGUUUCCGAAGACCCGUCUCAGCUCUCUGAGCUUGGUGAGCCGCCCUCCGUGAUGGCGGGGUGGGUGGAAUGGGGACAAGUGUGUGGGGAGGAGGAGGAGGAGCAGCAUUUGCCCCUCCCCUCACGUCGAAGCAGACAGCACUGAAUUGACCAUUUUGCGCCCUCCCUGCAGAGAAGGACGUCCAGGCUGCCUCGGCUGGCCCAGGGGCGAGUGCAGCUGCCAGUUGGGCUGGCUGGGCCGUGACGGGGGUCUCGUCGCUCACGUCGAAACUGAUCCGGACCAACGCCGGAGGGCUGCCAGUGGCCGAGCAGGCGCCUGAGGGGGCCCCUGCCAGCACACCAGAGCCCCCCAAAUCAGGUCAGUGGAGGCAGGGAAAGUUAAUGGGGGUAUCGGCACAGAAGGUGUCUUGUCUCGGGGCAGCAGAGGCUGUAGGGGUGUAGUGGUUAGAGUCUUGGACUAGGACUUAGGAGAGACCAGAGUUCAAAUCCCCACUCACUGGGUGUGACCUCGGAAAAGUGGCUGCCUCUCAGCCUAGCCUACCUCAUGGGGUUGUUGUUGAGGGAAUUAAAUGAGGACUGGGACUAGGGACAGACCAGGGAUCAAAUCCCCACCCAGACAUCAUGAAGCUCACUAGGUGACCUUAGCUCCUGUGAGGCCUACCUCACAGGGCUGUUGUGGAUAUUAAAUGAGGAAGAGGGGAGAACCCUGUUCGCCACCUAGAGCCCUUUGGAGAAAAAGGUGGGGUAGAAAUGCAAACUAACAAACGAGGCCCGUUCUGUGGGUCUUUAUUUGCCACAGCAAUUCUGCUAGCCCAGUGCCGCCUUCCGCUAGCCAGAUACAGAUGCUUGGCUACUUCUUUUUUUAAGGAGCGGGCCAACCCUCUGCCCCAGAAGGGGCAGCCCCUGCAUCAUCCAGCCAUUGGGACCUGGAGGAGGAGGUGACGGAGGAGGAGGAGAGUGCAGCAGACCGAUGGGAUGAUGAGGAUUGGGGCAGUCUGGAGGUAAGAGGGAGAGAAAGUGGAGGCAGGCGGGGGGCGGGGGGCACACACACCAGAGCGAUGUGGGGCUUGCUCGCCUGUCCCCGUGCAGGGCUAUCAGGUGGUGGCAUGGGCGAAUAUUCCUACCUGUCUCUGCAGAGCUCAUUUGCCAUGGCAACAGUGCUGCUGGGCUCUUCAGCCUUGCACGGGCUCCGGGGCUCAGUUGAGGGAGCCUCCCUUUUAUUUUCUUCUCCAAAGAGGCAAGCCAGCCCAGCUGUGAUUCCUGCAUUGCCAGGGGUUGGACUAGAUGACCCUUAGGGUCCCUUCCUGCUCCACAAUUCUAUGAUUCCAUGACGGGAACCAACCUGGGCAGCCAAGAAGUCUGGAGGGAGGGUGGUACAUCUGCAGUGGGGCCCUUUCUGCUUUCCAUAGGUUGGAGGGGGCAGCUGGAGCCCAGCAGGCAUGGCCUUUGGGCCAUUGCAUAGGAGGAGAUAUUUGGUGUGGGAAGAAGACAACCCUGGGGUGUGGUAUACCCCACUCCCAAAUCUCUGGGUUUGGGUGCUUUCUGGCUUCUAAGCUUGCCAUGGAAACACCAUUCCUGUCUCGGCGGUCAUGUGGACUAGAAACCUCCCCGUUUUAAAGAAAAACUCCUAUUCCAUUUUAACAGCAGGGGUUUGUCCUUGUCGCCUUAUUCCCAGACCACUUCCACCGCCGGGAAGGCAGAGACUGACUGGAGUGCCUCUGCCUGGGACCUGGAGCCUUCCUGGAGCCAAAAGAAGACACAGCGCCCCACUGCAGAUGGGGGUUGGGGCGGCGCCUGCGAGGGGGACGUGGCCCCCGGCCUGGGCCAGAGGUCUACCACGGCCCCGCCAGAUGGGACCAAACUGGCCAGCGAUUACAACUGGGAGAGCCUUGGCAGCGCAGACAAGCCGGACCCGUUUUCCUCUCUUGCGGAGAAGCCAGCAGCGGACAGGCAGGUGCGAGGAGACCCGGCCAGCCUCCUGUCUCAAGAGCUUGCUUUGACUAGUCCAGGCUCUGAGUCGCAACUUUUGGGGAAGGGACUUCACUCAGGCACGGGGAUAGUGCUUUGUGUGCAGAAGGAAAUUGGGUUCCCUAGAGAGCUGCCCAUCACCUCAAGGGCCCGGAGUGGGUUGCAACAUUUAAUCUAUUUAGAAAAGUUCAAAACAUGCAUCCUUCACGGUCAGACUAGGUGGCAGGCACCUCUGGACACCAGAGGCAUUUAAGCAGAGGUUGGGCAGCCAGCGGUCAAGGAUUCUUUAGCUGCAAUUCCCACAUUGCAGGGUGGUGGGCUAGAGGCCCUUGGGGUCCCUUCAAGGUUACAGUUCUAUGAUCUUCCUCUCUUUUGGGGAAGGGCUGUAGCUCAGGGCUUAGAGGACAUGCAGCAGCACGCAGAAAACCUCUUGCCCAGUCCCCAGUACCAUCAGGUAGGGCCUGGGGAAAAGAUUCCUGCCGGAGACCCUGGAGGGCCACUGCUGUCGAUUGUUAAAGACGCUGAGAGUUGUUACAGUACUCCCCUUAAAAGAGCUACAAUUCCCAGAGUGGUUUAGUCAUCAGCCCCUCAUCCCAGGGAAUUCUGGGAAUUGUAGUUCUGUGAGGUGGAUAGCGGGCAUCCUAACAACCUUCAUCACCUUUAACAAACUGCAACUCCUAGAAUUCUGAGCGGUAAGAGACUGCUUCAAAGGUAUUGUGCAGAUGGGGCUUUAGUCUGGCUGGUAACUGUCUAAAUAUCUUAACGGGUGGGGAAGGAGCUGCCCCUUCCAGGGUCUCUUAUCUCUCUAUUCUCCUUGACUCUUUCUCCUCUGUCUAGAGGAACGUGGAGGCGCUGGGCGACUGGGACCUCCAAGACAACUGGGAGGCGCUGGAGUCAGAGCAAGGCAAGUCAUCCCUUCCUGCCCCCCUACCCUUGUAGCUUCCCUGGGGCUUAUGGAGAGGCCAGCCGGUGACCCAGACUCAGGGGGGGCUCUCUUUGUGCUUUUUCAGGACCCAGCAAGGCUGAACUAGCACGGAAAAAGCGAGAGGAGCGGAAGCAAGAGAUGGAGGCCCGGAGAGCAGAGCGGAAGGCGGCCAAGGGACCCAUGAAGCUGGGGGCCAGGAAGCUGGACUGA